UACACACACACACACACACACACACACUCAAGCAGGUAACAUCUCUUUGAACAUGUUCCGUAAGAGGAGCAGCAGCGGGGGGGGGGUAGUUCAGACGGUAGCGGCUGACCGGAGUCUUAAACCGAAAAAUAGAAAUGUCGUUUUCUGGUGUCGUGUUCCACACUGCCCUUUGAUUUACAGCCAGCCAUAAAGGUUGUUCACAGGAGGGAGAAAAAAAUUUGCUGGCCAAACCUGUGCGGCGCGUGUGACACAACACACACACUCUCUCGUGGAUUUAGAGGACACCGGGAAACUUGAGGCAGCUAUUUCAACACAAAAGCCUCAUUCUGUAUCAUGGAAGUUCUUCUCAUCGUCACUACAAAUGCUAUGUGAACUGACAAACGGUGUCUCCUAUGCAUGAGUGUGACUCGUAGCUGUGCAGCGCCAUGGACAAGAGCCACACAGUGAAGCUCUUCGUGGGCAACCUGGCGCUGGACACCACCCAGGAGGAGCUCUCAGCCAUCUUCGAACCCUACGGCCAGGUGGUCAGCUGCAGCGUGCUGCGACAGUUCGCCUUCGUCCACCUGCAGGGCGAGGGUGCUGCCGAGCGUGCCAUCCGGGAGCUCAAUGGGCGGGAGUUUCGCGGUCGGAAUUUGGUGGUCGAGGAGUCGAGGGGAAGGCCAUUGCACUCCACCAAGGUGUUUGUGGGUAAUCUGAGCGGGAUGUGCACCACCGAAGAUCUACAGCAGUUGUUCCAGACGUUUGGAAAAGUUCUUGAGUGUGACAAAGUCAAAGCCAGGCAUUCCUCUUCCGCAGGCUACGCCUUUGUUCACAUGGAAAACAAGGAAGAUGCACUCCAGGCCAUCGAGGCCCUGCACGGCACCUCAUUUAAGGGCCGCCCCCUGUCUGUAGAGCUGUCCAAGGUCCAGCCCAGUAAGCAGGCACCCACAGGGAAAAUCCCCUGUGUUAACUGCGGAAAGCAGGGCCACUAUGCUGGAGAAUGCCCUGUGGGGAAGCCUUCUCUAGAGCAGUAUCAGAGUCAGGCGGCGGUCCUGGCCGCCGCUGCUGCUGCGGCCGCCGGACUGCCCCUACAGGUCCAGCAAAGUGUGCACAAUUCAGUCUACAACACCUCCACUUUUGAUCCCACAUACGCUGCUCUCACUGGGAUCACCACAGGCACACGCACUGAUGGAAAUCCAGUGAACCCAGCUGUUUAUGGUGCCCUCGCCAGUCAGGUGUAUGGUGCCAAUGUUGCCAAUCAGCUUUAUGGUACGGUGGCCAAUCAGGCAGCUCUUACAUCCGGCGCCACCCAAGUGUACAGCUCGAUGACCCCCAACAUCUACGGCCAGGUGGCUGCGAAUCCAGCGGCUGCUGCUGCCGCUGCUGCCGCUGCUGCCUACACCACUCCAGUUUACACCCCAACUGUGGCCAACCCUCCUGUCUAUCUGGCCGCUGCUCCUGGAAUAGAAAUGCCAACGGCAGCGGCUGCGGUAAACCCCGCCUACAGUGUAGCUCCAGCAAUUUACGGUGCCGCCACACCAGCCUACGCUCAUAUAAGCGCCAUGGGAGCAGCGGACCCUACUACAGCCCUCUUUGAGGCAGCCAGACAGGCACAUUACUUUGCCCAAGGCCAGCAGGUCGUGGCCGAGCAGCAGACGGUGGCCGCUGCAGCGGCGGCGGCUGCGGCAAAGUCGGGUGAGAGGGACCGUAGUCCCUUACGGAGGUCGGCACCCCUGCUACCAGACCCUGUGAUGAAGCCGUUCAUGUACCAGAGGGCCAAGCCGCGCCGACCCCUGCUCCCCACGCCAGCUGGGCGAGCAGCGGAAGAGGCUGUCGAGGCCGCAGAGGACCCCAUGGCCAGAUACUAUGCGGAGUACUACCAGCAGCUGCAGCAGUACCCCCAGUUCCAGUAUGCCUACCCACCACCGAGCACAGUGACAGCCAUCCCCGGCAUGCCGGGAGUGCCGGCCGUGCCGGCAGUCCCUACUGUACCCGCGAUGUCAGCCCAGCCAGUCGCUACGCUAGAUGCCCUCAGGCCAGUGGUUCCCACCGCUGCGGCAGUGGCAGCCGCCAUGGCCGCGCCCAGGGUGUAUGAGCCGCCGUUGCCGCCGCCCACGCGCAAGGAGGCCAUCCUCCGCCGCCCCGAACUCUCCCUUCACACGCCUGAGCCCCCCUUCCGAUAGUCGCACACAACUCUCUGCCCUCAUCCCUCCCUCUCUGCCCUGAACCCCCCCCACCCAAUCUCCUCUUCCACCCCAAACUUGACCACCUUACAGCAGCUGUAUGUGUGUGUAUGUGAGUGUGUGUGUGUGUGUGGUCUGGGGGCUCUAAGUGUGUGGGGUAGGGUUUGAAACUGGGGGCUUCUUGGUUUAUUAACCUGCUUUAUGAUGUACUUGAUCAGCUAACCUUGGUCCCGAUUGCAUACACUCGUCGCAGCCAUGAAAGGGAGGCUCUCAUCUGUUGUACGGGCAUUCGACGUGCUUCUCAGUUUUACUUUUUUUAAUCGUGCCAGUCUCACACUUGUGCCAGUAUUAGACUGACGCAGUCAGUCGUUUCAUAUGCCUUUAUUUCCGCAACCCAGUUAUGAUUUUCUAAGGCCAAAUCUACGAUAAAAGAGACAUUGGUUUUAAACCUAUCAGCCAUUCUCCUUAGGCCUAGAUGAUCAGUUAGGGCAGCUAAUUUGAAACCUUUUUUGCCUUAUGUUGAAGAGUUUAGAUAUGUGAUGUAAUCAGAUGGGAAAUCAGAUAAACACACAUUGUGUCCUGGCUGCAUUGCAUUGUAUCCAACAGAACCAAGGUUGAUGUGUUUCUUUUUUUUUGGGGGGGGGGUUGUCUUGAAUGGGAUGUGGACGCAGUAUGUCUGAAUGAGUGAAAGAGAGAGAGAUGUGGGGGCUCCUGACCUUGCAGCGCACAAACGCAGCAGCUAAGACUGCGCCAUGCAGAAAAAAAACAAAACGUAAAGCACACAUAAUACGUACUGUAAUGUAUGUUUGGAUCUCUCCUCGACCCUUUUUCUGAAGCCCUUCCUCACCUUUACUCUAACUGCAACGCUGAAAGACACUGCUUCACCUCUCUUUCUCUUUCUAACUACAGCUGCCUACCUCUGACAGAAAAAUUUCAGUGAAGGGUCUGUUCUAUUCUAUUCCACACUUCUCACCCGGUCAGCAGUUUAUCUCCUGCUCCUCGAAAAGGUCCAGGGUCAGCAGUUUAGGGAGGAGUGGGAAUUCAGUGACAAUGACCUUUGCAGUUAGUCCUCUUUCAUGUUCAGAGGCCUUUCUUUUUAAAAUAGCAUAUGUGUGUUUUGUUUGUUUUUAGUGUAGUUUACAUGUAAUAUGAGUCAAAACUGGGAUGUAAUGAAUUGUCAAUGGGGGGAAAAACCAUGUGUGACUACUGAAUGAGCUGUUUACAAAGGAUCUUCACAUUGCAUCCUAAUAGGAAUCAUGGUAAUAUGUGAAAAGCUCAGUUAUGUGCCUAUAAGCUUUGAGUGAAGUGCAUUAAGUGGAGGGAUCUCCCAUUUUAAGUGCUUUUGACAUUACUUUUGAAUCAUUUCAAGGGAGGGCAACAGGAGCCCUGCGGAGCUUAGUAUCCAGAAGUCUGCAAGUUUUCCCUUGGACUUGUACUCGUGUAUUACUUUGUUUCAUAUCAUAGGGUUUUGAAAAAGCCACAAACUGAGCCUCACAGGUUCAUAAUUAGCCGCCGGUUUUAAGCAGAAACAAUAGCACCACUGAAGUGAGAGAUGGGGCAGUGUCUUCCAGUUGCCCCAACUAUCCUCCUUUUUCCAAAUACCAGACCUGCUUCAGAUUGUAACUGCCAAAAAAUUUUAGUGGCUGUUUGAAUCCGGUUGUUGUAUCUGAUAGGUGGGCUUUGCUACGUCUGGAUAACAAAAGAUUGACUUGCAAGUACGGGUACUUUUUCACCUUCAUGAGCUUGUCCUUAGUGGCAAAUUCCACCCAUCUGGUUCUACAGUCACUUUAAACAAUCACUUGGAGUUUUUUUGCAACUACUAUUUGACAGCGGUUUGAUGCACACACAGACAUACCCUCUGAAAAUCACCUUACUGCCUCGCUCCUUUCCCUCUCCCCUCUCCCCUUGUGGUUUUUAGUGGUUCAGUGACUUUUGCAUUUCACAGUGUAAUCUUUCUGUGUCGUAUAUACAAACACAUACCAGUUGCAUCCUUUGUAGAAUUAUGUGGUUUGCGAAAUGUCUUGUUUGCCAUGUUUGAGACCGUAUUUUUUAGAGAAGUAUUUUAAUUUUGCCUUUU